CGAGACAAGUCCCAAGGUACUAGGCUCAAGGAGUCACUCUAGCCUUGCGCUCUACGAACAACAUCCUGCUUCUCCAGCUGCAGUCGUCGCCAUCCACUGCAUAGCUCUCUCAAGCCUAGACACCGUAACGAGCACUCACUCUCAGUCAAUAUCAUGGUGCUGUGUCUGCCACACUCCCACUCUACGACUACCAGUGACGACUACAUCAGCCUAAAAGCACAGGACACCCAACGACUGCUGACAAGUGUCACUCGUUCUACUGGAUACCCUCUUAACCAUGUCACGUUUCGACAAAGUCAAGAUUGCAAGCCGUGACACAUACAGGAUCGAGAGACUGGUCAUCAAGGGCAACGUAAACAUACAACAUAAUCGCCAAGAUUCGGCCCAGAAGCGACAGCACGACUUGACCUUGACGUCGUCAAAGGGAGAGCUUCAAGUCGGUGCUUUGCACAUCACUGUAACCUCGGUCGUCGCAUACGAGGCAGACCUCUUAAGCUGUGUCCGCCGGGCGAAGGAGGAGGUGGGGGCAGACAUGCCCACUGGAGCACUGACAGCUCGGCAGCUACCAGUAACGAUGAUGAUGGAUCAUCGGAAUCUUUUCAUGUGGCAAGUGACGCGAAGUCGCGCCACGGCAUUCGAGCAAAAGCACGGGUUGCCAGUGCAGGUGCAGUUUGAAUUUGGUCGGAAGAUGGCCCGGCUUCAGUUUUUGAAGUGCCUCUCGUCUCGCAAUUCGGGCGACUGGCAAGUGCUGGUCGCGGAGUGGCGACGGGCUCUCGGCUCGGUCGUGUCUUCGGACAUCUUCAAUGAGACCCUUCGAUUCGGAACGGGACAGGUAGCUUUCCAGUGAAUUGAUUACUCUGGCCUGCUACCUCGUGGCAUCGAGCACUUCUUGUCGGCGGUGCAAGGUCUUCAUUUCGAAAAUGAAGUACAAUCAGUAAGUC